GUUUGUCUUUCUGAGUUUUUAUGGUUCUCGACUUGCACUUGAUGACAUAAACAAUAAGUAUCCCGGGUGUUGUACGUUUAAAAAAGCCCCACAUGUUCCUGCCACAACCUUUCAGUUUCCCUCUUUGUUUACCUCUGUGUCACCUUACAGCUGGAAAAAUAGCAGAAUGCUUAAACAGUUUGAUUUGUUUUCUGGUUUUUGCUAAACUGUUUUAAAAAAAAGAAGGGGAAGUGGCACUGAAGCAGGGGAAGCUGAUUAGCAUUUCUGUAACGACUCAAUCAUCCAAAGUAAACAUUUACUCUGCUGUAUGCACACAUGACACAGGGAGUGAGGCUGCUUUGACACCUGUUGAAGAGAGCUUGAAGACUACAGGAGGAAGAAAAUAAAAACGUUCAGCCUGGGCAGCGAGCAGCCUGCCUUUGCUCAUUCUUAACCGCACGUGCAAUUGAUUCUGUGUCAGCCUUUGCUAUUUGGUCGGUUGCUAGGCAGUCGGUGACGUACCAAACGGCAGAAAAGCACCACGCCAGACCUUGAAGGGUAAAGCUUCCCCUUCCCCUCAUGAUCUCUCGCCUCCGAAACCAAGAGUCAGCCCUGCGCCUUCUCGCAGCAGAUGCCACCUCUUCCUGCAGCUACGCAGGCAAACCACAUCAGUAUGCUGGAUUUGCUGACUUCACCAGCCAACGGACAAGUCUCUUUGUUUUGUGCAAAAAAAAGUGCACAAGAAAGAGGAAGGAGAGGAAGGGUGUGUGCGCGUGUGUGUGUUUGCUCCUGUGCAGCCGGAGGAGGAGUGUGUUGCUGAAGCAGUUGGAGCAUGCGGUUGCCAGCACAUGUCUCUGGUUCUGGACUCUUCCUUCAGCGUCCGAUGAUGAGUUCAGAAGAAGAUGCGGCGACACAAGCGGUAAUGCUGACUAACAAUAUGAACUGACAAGCCCGCCCUCGGUGGUGUUGUUAUUUUUUUAAUAAGAGAACAAAAACAUAAUGACUGUAAACGAAACUGGAGCGACAGAGGGGUUCUCUAACAACCCAUCCUGCAACCAUGACUUGUCCAGCUGGGAGCACACGAUGGAGAAGAUGUACACCUACUUCUACCUGCUGCUCUUCGUCCCUGGCCUCUUCCUCAACACCACCGCUCUCUGGGUCCUCUGCAAACACUUCAGUAAGAAGACCAAAGCGGUAAUAUUCAUGAUAAACCUGGCUUUGGCAGACCUGGUCCACGUCCUCUCUCUGCCCUUGCGGAUCUAUUAUUACUUCACACACUCCUGGCCCUUCGGAAAAGGCAUCUGCUUGCUCUGCUUUUACCUCAAAUACCUAAACAUGUACGCUGCAAUUGUGUUCCUGGUGUGCAUCAGCGUGCAGCGAUACGGCUUCCUCCUCAAGCCGUUCACUGCGCGCCGCUGGAGGCGUCGCUACGACCUGCUCAUCAGCGUGGUGGUGUGGGUGUUUGUCGCUGCCGCUUGCUCGCCUUUCAUUCUGAUGCGGAGCAGCGGAAGCGGCACCGCCAUGUCCAGCGCCAACGAGAGCCACGCCCCGCACCCCUCCACCACACCCACGCUGUUAAACACGACGACGUGCAGUCUGAACGCCAGCGCCCCGUCCAGCAACGGGAGCUGCUUCAAGGACCUGCCCAUGCGGAAGAUCUCCGUCCCGCUGGCUGUGAGCAUGAUCAGCAUGUGCGAGCUGUUUGGAUUCUUGAUCCCUUUUGUCUGCAUCAGCUACUGCUCCAUCCGCAUAGCCUGGUCCCUCAAUCACAGCCAGCCGCAGGACCGGCAGGACUCCGCCGGUCCAGGCACCUCAAUGCGCAGCAGACUCCAGUCCUUCACUUCCAACGGCCAGGCGGACAAAAGCCACGAAAAGCCCGCCAACAGCGGCGAGAAGCGGCGCGCCCUGCGGAUGGUGCUGAGCUGCUCGGGUCUUUUCCUGCUCUGCUUCGCCCCGUACCACAUCAACUUCAUGCUCUACUUGAUGGUCUCGCAGAGGUUUAUUGAACACUGCGCCACCACGCUGGCCGUCAAACAGUUUCACCCCAUCUCCCUCUGCUUGGCGAGCAUGAGCUGCUGCCUGAACCCUCUGCUGUAUUACUUUCUGAACGCCGAAUUCAGAAUGCACCUCAGGCGCACCUCGUCCUUCUCCAACUCGUUCCUGUCCUCGCCGAGCUCCCCGAGAGACUGUCAGACUCAAGCCAAGCUGCUGAGGAUGGAAAGCACCUGUUCCGAGAGGGAUUAGCAUCCCAGAGAGGAGAUCCCACAGGGCCUUGCAAAAGUAUUCACACUGCCUCUUGAAGUCUUUCACAUUUUUUUUUUUUUUUUGGUCCCAGACUUAAUUUUCUAUUUUUGUGUUUUUUUUUUUGAGAAAAAAACAAGUGCGUAAUUGUAAAGUGGAACCAUCUGUGGACAUCGGUUUUUAAGUCAGAUAUUCUCAAUUGAAUUGGUUUUCCCACUUUGAUUGGGUCAUUCACAUAAACAAGGUUUAAUCUAACCCAAUCUGCUGUCUAAGUUUUCUCAGUCCUCUUAAAGGGACGGUAUUAGGUAAAAUUUACUUUUUGAAGGUUUAUGUCACGUUAUAAUGUUAUUCCCUCGUCAAAAAUAUACGAGGAGAGUGUCACCUUGAUUCUUUUAUUCAUGUUUGAGAAAUCCUUUAAUCUGCUAUGGUGACCAUUCGCGGUUACCAAAACAUUUGUUCUCACCAAGGACCGACUUCCAUGUAGCUCCUUCAGACUAGUGACAGCAGCAAUUAGCAAACACCUGUGAAGGUUAUUAUAUGAACAACCUCUCAGUCCAGCAGCUGAAGGACGUUGUUAACGGCUUAACAUAGAAACUUUGUUGUGAUGACAUGAUGAAGUAAGAGCGUCAAAAAGGCCUAAUCUCAAAGUGUUAAAUUGCAAAGUCAAUUCUUUUUAAGUCAUGUGUGAUUUAUGCACAAUUUUCAUAACAACUGAAUGUAACAUAGUUAUUUGAUUGUACUAUAAAAAGUCACUAUGUGCCUGGAAAACAUAAUACCGCCCCAUUAACAGGUUGGUGCCGUCCAUCUUUCCAUCCUCCAAUUGGCUUUCUAGUUUCUGAUGAGUGAAUGUCUUCCCACAGCAUGGUGCUGCCUCUCCCGUGUCUCACCAAGGGAAUGGUUUGUUCAAGCCAAUGUGCAGCUUUAGCUUUCCAACACAAAUUAUGCUUGCUUGUAGGCCAGAAAGUUACAUUUUGGGUUUUUUUUCUGACCGGACCACAUCUUCACUGUGUCCCGUCCUCAACCCUGCUCAACAAGGCCCACUGUCCUGCUUGCCCGUAUUUCUCCACUGUCACAACCCAGAGGGGCAUCUGAACCUAUCAAGACAGGGAGUCAUGUAUCCUACAGUAGGGGACCAUCGGCCUUCAUGGCUUGUGGCAAAAAGUAAAAGAAACUUCCUACAGCUUAUGCCACUCUUCCAUGAAAGCUGAAUAAUUCAGAGCUUAUUCAGUCAAAAUAUUGCCCUACUUGAGCUGUGGAUCUGUGAAGCUCCUCUAGAGUUACCAUGAGUCUCUUGGCGCCUUUGAUUAACGCUCUUUUUUAUCCGUUUAGGAUGCCCACAUCUUGCCUCACUUGUGGUUUUGCAAUACUCCACCCUGUUUUUUUAGAAAACGAUUUGAACUCUAUGAGAUCUUCUGGAUCUUAACCCAACUUCAAACGUAUCCACAAGUAUCUACUUGAAUUAUGUGCUUGUGAUUAGGGAUGCACGAUAUUAUUGGCAUGGAUGAUAUUAACUGUAAAAUUCAACAUCAGUCAGUCCACCGAUAUGAUAACUCACGGAUAUAAGUGUUGUUUUUUAUAUGACAAACCAGUGACAACGAUGCCUGCAGCAUAACAUCAUAAAGUAUUAAUGCACGACUGAUGUAUUUUUCACUUGUUGCUUGUGAAAAGGUUGAGUUCAGUUUUGUGAAGAUUUACAAACUUGCACUGUUUGAUCGUUGUCAUUGUCUUAGAGAAAAUGUCAUGAAUACGAGCAUUAUUAAAAAUAAUGCUAGUUGAAAGUGUUACAUCAUAUUAAACCUCCAUUUAGAAUUUGCAUUUGGUAGCAGGCUAAAUUGGCAAAGAUUAUGCAGUAUUUUAAUUACACAGUAGAAAAAGUCAUAUAAUUUCAGUAAGUAAGUAUAGGAAAAAAUAUUGAUAUUGGUAUCAGUUAUCGGCCAACUGAGUUUUAGUAUAUCGGCAUAUCAGAUAUCAACCAAAAAGCCCUAAAUGUGUUCCUUAAUCUUCAUGACGCUGUUCAUAAUCUGAAUAACAUCUGACUGGUUCCACUGGUUUUUAUUUUGGGGCAUCACAGAAAGAACUCUGAAAACAUACAAUCUUCACACAUUUGCUUGAAAAAAUAUACUUUUCCUUCCACUUUACAUCAACGCCCGACUAAAACAAAUAAAUACGCUGACGUCUGUGGCCAUAUGAAAAAGACGCACGAAUUCUUUUGCAAGGCUCUGCUGUCUUUAUUCAGGUAAUAUUUUAAGCUGAACUGGACUGAUGUGACAUGCUGUUAUGCAAAAAGAAAUGGGCAGCCGGCUGGGAGCAAAGCAGAAUCUUGCCCACGGACAGCAAGAGUUACGCUGACAUGUGAGGUUUGGAUUUGAUCAAAUGUUCCUAGCUCUGAAAGGCUGCGACAAAGAAGAAAGGAGGAA